GUUGCGAGCCAUUAUGAUAAAAAUGCCACCUCGACGGCCUCGCGGUGCUGCAACCCUUGAAGUACGCCUCCGAGAAGGGCUGCGGUAUUUUCCUGGUUUACGCGAGGACGCAGAGCUAAAUUCCGCGCGCCUCGAGGACCUGGACGAUGCACUCAAAUCAGCAGACCUGGCCUUAAUCGGCAGCACCACAAUCCUGAGCGGCAUUGUGGCUGCUCAUGCUUGGGCCGCACGCGCGCUCGCCGCUGACGUUUUGCAUGCCUCAGGUGCCUGGGUACUGGAAGUGACACUAGAGAAAUUAUAUCGCCUCACAAGCCAGCAAGGCGGCCCGGCCGCUGACCGGCUGGUCCGCGCAUUGCUCAGAGCAGACACGCUGGCGGUUUACUCGCGGUUGUGUUCGUGCAUGCUGCUGCCCACCCGCGGCGCCGCCGCUGCUCACCGCGGCGCGACGCCGGGCAAAACCAAGCUGGGGCUACUCGUGCUGGUGCUUCAAACUCUUUUCGAGGUUGCCUCCUGCGUGGGUAAGAGCCCGGACGCUGGCCUGAAGCUGGAGCUGGUCGAGGCGCUGGCGCACACGCAGCUGCUCGAGCACGCCGCCCGGGCGCUGCUGCACGCCGCCCAGACCACCCAGGCUGCGUCGGCGGGCGCAGGCGCAGGCGCAGCAACAGGCGCGGCAGCAGGCGUAGCAGCAGGCACGGCGGCGGACCCGAUCGCUGAGAUGUGGAAGCACGUGGCGGCAGCAGCAGCAUUCAUGUCCGAAACGCUGCCGUGUCUGAUGAAUGGCCUCGGCUACACAGAAGUGUACCCAAGGCCACGCAACCAUGACGCACUGGCUGGGCGCACACACAACCCGGACCAGUUCGACCUGCUCAAGCAGCUGCGGCCGCUGCUCGCCGGCCCCUGCGUGCAGCUCUUCGUGGCGUGGGCGGGCCUGUGCGCAGCCAUGACCGUACGGCAAGGGGCCAGCGAUGGCAGCACUGGGCAGAGCUUGGCACCUGCCGGGUCACAGCUGUGGCACGGGCUGCCGCCGACGCUGGUACUGCCCAUGCAGUUGCGGCAGGCCGCAUUCUCUGUCAUGGCAACUGUUACUCCUCAGGUGCUUGCUGUCGUGCUCCAGGCGACUGUCAGCGGCCCCUGCGACCUGGCCGUCGCUCAGCCGCCCGUUGGCUACGACCGCCCGGCGCCGGACAGCCCACACCGGCAACCGGUGCUGCAGCAACAGGCGGUGGCAGCCGCGGCAGGGUCGUCAUCGUCAGCCGCAGCCACGCAAGCAGCACUGGCCGACGUGGCAGCGCCGUUCAGCGCGCUACACGCGUACGCCCUGCUGCGAGAAGUCUGGUGCGGCUUGGCGUGCGACAGCAAGAGCCACAUGUUUGACAUGUGCGCCAUCGCUUUGGUGAUGGCCCGGCUGCUGACGGAGCUGCAGCCCCGGCGGGCGGCGGAGCUGCUGCCGGGCUGGUGGCGGCUGGUGGCGCAGGAGCCGUCCAUGCUUGUUCAGCAACACGAGCUUUCGCGGGACGCAGGGAUGCUGCUGCGGCUGCAGCUGAGCGCGCGGCCGCCGGCGGGGUGGGCUGCUGAGGUGACGGAUGCAGCUUCCGUGGUCGCGGCGAGCGUGGACUGGCCGCCGGAAACGGCGCAGGUGCAGGAGGCGGAGGCGGGAACCGCCGGCAGUGGCGUUUCCGCGGCCGUAGCAGCGAAGGCGGCAGCCAGCCUGGCGUGCGGGAGGGACCCCAGCUACAGCCUGCGCUGCGCGCUGGACGCAGGAAUGCUGCCGGCCGUGGAGCGGUGCCUUCGCGCGCCGCAGGCGUGGCAGCAGGCCUGCGAUGGGCCGAGCAGCGCCUGCACGUUAUUGCAUGUCGUGAACUGCGUGCUGCGCUACUCGGGCGUGUGGCCCGCAGUGCUGGCGCGCGGGCCCGUGCAGCAGGCGGUGUCGCUGAUUGCCACGCUGGGCGCAGCAGCUCGGCGGCUGCAGGGGGGUGACACGGCCGUUGAUCAUGUUUUGCUCGCCGCGAAGCCGGGCAUGUGUGCGGCUGCAGAAUGCGGCGCCGGGGGCUACCUGUGUGCCUACCUUGCCGCACUGCUGGAGCAGGUUGCGGACGUGCGGGCGCUGCGUGAGCGGGCACAGGAGCAGCGGGAGGGGCAGCAGCAAGCGAGGGGGCAACAGCAGCAAGGGCAGCUAGCAGCCACCGAUAUCACAGCCGUAGCUCCCGCACCGCUGUGCCUCAACUUGGUGCUGGAGUGGGUGGUUGCGCAGGACAGUAGUGCCACGCCCUCCCAGUGCUCCAUCGCCUGGAUGGCAGCGACAGGCGGCAUGCCAGCUGCCGGCUCCCCAGCGGACUGGCAGCAGCAGCUGCUCACGAGCUUUGCGGUGCACCUCUGGCUUCCGUCGCUGGCACGGGCAACGGAGGCAGCCGUGGCGGACUUCGCGACGGCGCGCCCCGAGCGCAAUCUGUCGCAAGCGGUCCUGGUGGGGCGGCUGCUGAUGGAUGUGCUCUGGCGCGAGGAGCGCCCAACGACUGUGGAUGACGGCGGCACGGGUUCUGGUGCAGGAGCCGCGGCCGGCAAGGAAGUGCACAGCCCGCGGCCGGAGGCGGCGUGGUGGGAGGGCGUGCAGCAGACUGACCUGCUUGCUAACAGCAUGCACCACAUUGCGGACGUGCUGACAACGGAGGCACCAGUGCUGCUGUUCAUGUGCUGCCCGGCUUGGCAGCAGGCGGCGGCGUUGGACCUGCUUCAGUCCUAUUGGGCGCGCUUCCCGGGGAGGGCGUACGACGCCACCAAAGCCUGGGCAGAACGUAUGGCGAAGGAGCAGCAGUACCAGCAGCAGCAUAAAAAGGAAGGGGAGGAGGAGGAGGAGCAGCAGCGGGACGGCCAGUUGCAAGACGCGGCGGGCAGCAGCGGCAACGCGGCGCAGCAGCCGCCACCGCCCGAGCUAAUGUUGCAGCACCUGGAGCCGCUGCCGGUGCAGCGCCUGGCGCUGUUGCAUGGGCGGCAGGACAUUGCGGAUUACCUGGACUCGGCAGCUGUGAAAGCGAAGGAAGAGGUUGCGAAGCGGGUGGGGAACGCUGCGUCCGCGGCGGACAGCAGCACGGAAGCGCGCGGGCCAGCAGGCUGCGAGGACGGCGGCUCAGUGCUUGCCAGCGCCAUCGAAGCAAGGCUGAUGUCGGAGUGGCGAGGCGCUGUGCGGCCGCGUUACCCGUGGCUGCUGUCUCCAGGCGAGGUACGGGCGGGGCUGCAUGACCUGAUGGCCUCGCAGGCGGUUGCGGCAGCGGCGGCGGCGGCGGCAGGAACCGUCGGAGGCAUUGGUAGCAGCAGAGCCGGCAGGAGCAGCACCGGUGCAGGACAGGACGGCACCAGCACUGGGCCGGCGUUUGGGCACAGGCUGUGCGGCAACCCGUACUGCUGCUCGCUGGACGGCCCGAGCGCGUUGGUCGCGCCUGGCAGCGGCAAGACAUGUGUGCGGUGCCGUGCAGUCACGUACUGCUGCGGCGCCUGCCAGCUGGCGGACUGGCGGGGGCGGCACUCUGGCACCUGCAGUGGAGCCGCGGCGGCGGCGGCAGGGGCAGGAGCAGCAUCAGAGAAGGCAGCGGCGUUGAAGAAGGCAUGAGCAUGCCGACAUCGGUGUAGGUAGGGCAGAAGUCCCACUGAAACGCAAACAUGGACCAUCUUCAAAAGGUUACAUGAUGGCUGGGGAGAGCCGGCCGGCUGCUUGUAGGCUGUGAGCUUGGCGGAGGCCGUAAACAACCGUAAAGGCUCGAUUGAUUGCACGCGACGACACACGGGCGCCGGCGGUGUGUAGCGGAAGGAUUGCGGGGCUACGAGUGGGGACAGCCAGUUCGGUUGUGUCAGCACAGGGGCAUUUGACGUGAUGAGCUUAAGCACUUCGCUACACAUUAGUACAGCGUAUGCUGUGUGGUUGGUAGGUAGUUGCUAGCCGGGGACUGGACCUCUGAUGCUUGACUGCUUGUGUUACGCUUAGCGUUGCCAGUGUGGGAAGCUGCUGAGCAGAUGGUCACGGCCAGCCCGGACUGAGCUGCCGGUAUGGUUCUGCAGCAGUAGUUGACAUGCGCCCAUACCACCCCAACGCGCCCAAAAUGCUGCGAAUCCAUUUGAUAUGACUGGCAUAGCACAGCACAGUAUGUGGCUCUUGAUUUUCCCCCUUUCCCUG